AUGAAACCACCGCCUUCUUAUAACUGUAAGUUGUCUUUCAUGAUGUUAGGGUUUGUUGACAUAUAUUUCUAGAUUUGUUGAUGUGUGCGUCAUUGAAAAAGGUAUCUAAAAAUAAAAAAAAAUUUUGAAAUUGAAUUUAUCAUUGACUUAUAGCUUAAAAAUAGAACAUUUAGUUAUAAAUUUAUAUUUUUCAGCUGAAGAUGCCAGUAAAUUCGAAGAUACUCAUGUGUUCAUAUCACCUCAGGGUAAGAGCUUUAAAAAUUAUAUACUUUAUUGUGUCGAAAAACUCUUGUCGAUUCUUAACGUGCAAAACAAUACAAUUUGACGACAAAACUUUUUAUUUAAAAAAUGGCUAAUAAUUUUUUUUGAAUUUGUAAAUACGACUUUUAUAAACUUAUUGUUAAAUAUUUAAUAAAACUAAAACCAUUUUCAGUCCUAUCCCAAGCCACUCAACCAUCUGCCCCACCAGCAUCAUAUCAACCUCAAUACCUGAAUCCCACCCGACUUGAACCCCUUCAAACAAUUCAAAUACCCCCGCCAGGUUAUCUGGAAUCUUCAAAUACCCCUCCACCUCCAUAUCACAGUAUUGAGACACAAAGCUUAUCAGUCGGUGAACUACGAGAUAUGCGAGUGAUUAUGGCAACAGCUUAUGGGCCAUACCCAAUGAGUAUGCCAUGCCCAUUCUGUCGUCAUAACAUUGUCACUGAUGUGCAGAACAAGAGUGGAGUCUUUGCAUGGUUGAUUUGUGGUGCUUUGGCUUUGGUUGGGUAAGAUAUUCACAUUGUUCUAGUUGAUUUUACAAUUGUUAUUGUAUGUAUGGCAAUUAACGUUAAAACGAUUCUAUUUUGUAAGAUAUGGUUGUUCACGUAAUUCUGUGUCCCUAUCCUCUAAAAUUUGCUUUGAGAGUGGGCACAUGAUUAUUUGAACAAUCUAAUAUAAUUGUAAUAUACACUUAUAUUGACGUAUGUUUCAAGAUUUUCCACGUAAAACUAAAGUUUGUAGGUUUUGUGACAUACGUAAGCACGAAAAACACGGUUUUCACAUACAUAUGUUAUCCUUAUUUAUCUAUAAGACAUGUGAGAAAAAAGUUUUGCUUUACUUUACUUUUAUUAUAAUAAGUAAAGUAACGCAAGUUAACUGCAAAACACCAAAUAGUCAGGUGGUUUGUGACUAAAAACUUGGAGCAUAUUAUACAUUACUGUAGGAAAAUGACAAAACGUAAUGAAUUUGAGUUGGAGGUUCAAAAAACCUUAAAUUUAAAUUUUAAAAAAUUUUUUAAAUUCUAAAAUUUGCUUUGCUAUCUUACUACAACUAUAUCGUUGUAUUGUUUGCUAAAAUACGAUGAACAGAGGCGUGCUAUAAAAAGUUUGCUUUUUCAGAUGUUGGCCAUGCUGUUGCCUACCAUUAUGCAUGACAAAUUGCCAGGUAAUUUAAUUUAAAUUUUUUUUUGUUUUAUAAUAUAAAAGUUAGGCGUGAGAAACGGUCCGGGCUGGAACCACUUUUGCGGUCCGGCCCAGGCUCGGGUCAUGAAGUUUAGGCCUGACCCGUUUUAAUUUUCUCUCAAGCCGGCCCGAUCAAAAACAUUCUAGGCCACGCUCGGCAACUCUCAAAUUUCACAUCUGUAACUCUACAGUUUUGUAAAAUAUAUUUCUUUACUUUACAUUACUGUAAGCUGUAGAAAUGAAAAUAAAUAAUUUUUAAAAUUAUAAUGAAGAAACGGUAAUAUAAGCUGUCUAACCUGUAACUACACGUUUAGAUGAUGAAAGUAAUGACAAGUUUUAGGACAAAUUACACUUCUGUCCGAGUUGUAAGAACUUCCUUGGUUGUUACAAGAAAUUAUGA